UGUGGGAAUUGCCAUGCGCAUUCAAAAUUGCUAGUGUACAAGGACACGAGCAGCCCACAUUGUUCUCCACAGACGACGAGGACGGCGAAGUUGCUCUCAGUGCCCAAAAGGCUAUAAGCCCGGAUACACCCAGCACCGUUGGACCAGCACCAACUUGACCGCCACCGAUUUUUUCGUUCGUAGCGACACCUUGACAAGCCUUGACGUCAGUCCAUCACCAUGUCUGCCCUAGCCUAUGACCAGCCAGAGUCUACUUCAGAGGGCUCGAUCGCCUUCGGAAGUACGAACCGACUCCAGCCCAAUGGCGGUCCAAACCAGCCUGCUGCCAGGGAUUCAGGACACCUUGACGAUGAUUUCUACGGCGGGUCGUCGGAUGCCUUUACCAACCACUCGAAUCGCUCUGUCCCUUCGUUCCCCCCACCAGAAUAUGAUAGUCUCGAUAACAUCCCACCGAUGCCAUCCAGCAACGCUGCUUCCCUGGUCGACAGCUUGAAUUCUUUACGCAUAAAUGACAACCCUGGUUCUCGUGGAACGGGCGCUCAUCCGUUUCCCUCUGAUCCUGUUCCGCGGCCAAGUACAUCGAUGUCAACGUAUAACUCUGGCUAUCGGGCGCCUCACCCUUCACGCUACCCGAACACAUUGCCACCGGCACCCAAUGCAGCCCUUCCGUUGAGGAACCGAAGACCUGGCGUCGAUCUUCACACACGUUAUCCUGCCGACGACAUGAGUGUAGCUUACCAAGUUGGUGAGCAACCACUGAUGAGGCGACACAGUGGUGGUUAUGGUAAUCCUGCACACCAACUCGCUGUCAAUACAGAUUUUCGGGCCGGGUAUCUCUCUGACGAACAAGGAACUGGUCCUUCCAGUGGGUAUGCCCCGUCAGAUUCCUCGUCCGCGUAUUCGCAUUCUCUCCCUCAACGCUCCUCAAGCCAGUAUCAGAUGGCCUGGCAUGGCUCACAGCCCAAUCUGACUCCAGACUAUGGCCACCAAGGUCAACCUCGACCAGCGGAGUACGAUCAUCUGUACGCUGCAGCUUCAGAUGUAUUGGGCAUGGGACCUCCUCCACCGCAGCCACUCGCGGGUCCCAGCACGUACAUGCCGUACUCUGGGUACUCUGGUCAAACAGCCCUCCCUGCCAGUCAAUCCACGCCUUACCUCCACCCCGCAGGCCCGGGUCCCUAUCACCCAGCACCUCCUCCACCUGGCGGUGCUGGUGUGGUGCCGUACGCGCCAACGCUUCCUCAGGUUUCAGGAGUUGAUGAGGCUGAGUUCGAACUUAGAUCACCAGCUACAUCACUCCAACAGAUGAAAAAGACCAAGGCUGUGGACUUGAAUUCCCCACCAUUUACGAAGGAGUACAUCGACGAGUAUCGCCAACGUAUAAAGGGAGACCCGGAUCCGGAGGCUCAUUUCAGGUAUGCCAAGUACUUGAUAGAAGCCGCGAAGAAGAUUGGCAUAGAUGCAAGGGACCAGCGCGCAGUAAAGAAGUAUCGUGACUAUCUCAUACAGGAAGCCCUCAAAACUAUCCGUCGGUUGGCCACUCAGAACGAACCAUACGACGAGGCACAGUUCUUCAUGGCGAACUGCUAUGGCACGGGCAUGCUCGGCCUCCAGGUCGACCACGAGCGAGCAUACCAUUUGUACUUGCAGGCUGCUAAGCAGAACCAUGCGGCAGCAUCAUACCGUGUUGCCGUUUGCAACGAGCUCGGGGCAGGGACUAGAAGAGAACCCCCACGCGCCGCUGUUUUCUACAGGAAAGCUGCUUCUUUGGGCGACACUGCGGCCAUGUACAAGUUGGGCAUGAUUCUGCUUCUCGGAUCACUGGGAGAACAGAAGAAUCCUCGCGAAGCCAUUAAUUGGCUUAGGCGAGCAGCCGAGCAAGCUGACGAAGAAAACCCUCAUGCGCUGCACGAACUGGCCAUGUUGCACGAAAUGCCAAACUCGGGACUUGUGCCCCACGAUCCAGCAUAUGCUAAGGCACUCUUGACACAGGCAGCUCAUCUUGGUUACGUCCAAUCCCAGUAUAAGCUUGGGCAGUGCUACGAAUACGGCGCCCUCACUUGCCCGGUUGAUCCGAGGCGUUCGAUAGCUUGGUACACCAAGGCUGCGGAAAAAGGUUACGCAGAAGCCGAACUUGCCCUGAGUGGGUGGUAUCUUACGGGAAGUGAAGGAGUCUUAAAACAAAGCGACUCCGAGGCGUAUCUUUGGGGACGGAAGGCUGCAAAUAAGGGAUUGAGCAAGGCGGAAUAUGCUGUAGGAUACUAUGCGGAAGUUGGUAUUGGGAUCAAACAGGACAUUGAGUUUGCUAAACGAUGGUACAUGCGCGCAGCAGCACAGGGCAACAAGCGUGCGAUGAACAGAUUGACGGAGAUGAAACGCAUGGGGAACAAGCGAUCCAAUGUUGGACGCCCGACUCGCCAACAGGCCAAGGACGAGUGUGUAAUUUGCUAACCGUAGACCUUUUUCGAAUAAUGAUGGAAGCGAAACAUUGCUACUUCCACGUCGUCAUCAUCGUAAUAUUCCUGAUAUCAUGUUCUUGGCUCUCUCGUCUGCUGUCGAUGUUUUGCCAACGCUCAGCGAGCCUUCGAGCGGU